GGGGCAGGCAUGCAUGCUUUCUGCCAAUGGUUCACCAGUCUUAUCCGUUCUAGAUAGUAGCCAAUCAAUGACAGGGGUUACUUGUCCUACAAUAUAACACAUUCUGCUUCUACUUUAUAUUGAACUUUCUAUACCAAGUUCAACAAAAGUUAACACUCCAGUCUGCAGACAUGGCUUUGGUGGGAGUUAGAGCUUCAUACCACAGGAUUCUAAACAAUAUUGAACUUCGACUACCUGCUAAGCUGAGACCAUUCUAUAACCAUCCGGCAGGUCCAAAGACAGUUUUCUUCUGGGCCCCAGUGUGUAAAUGGGGUCUGAUUAUGGCGGGUCUGGCUGACAUGGCCCGACCGGCCGACAAACUAAGUGUCUCUCAGUCCGCAGUACUCAUGGUCACAGGUGUUAUUUGGUCGCGAUAUUCCCUGGUCAUCAUUCCAAAGAACUGGGGUCUGUUUUUUGUCAACAGUUUUGUUGGAUUGGCAGGAGCCAACCAACUUGUUAGAAUCUGGAUGUACCAGCAUGAAUUGAAGAAGCAACAAGAGGAGAACAACAGCUCCAUCAUAUAAUCCUUGCCAAUCUGAAAAAACACACACAUGCCCAAGUACAUGCAGUUCACACAAACCUGCACAUAACUUUACAAAACAAAUGUACUGCCAUAAGUAAAAUAUUAUUUUAUAAUAUUAUUUUUUUACAAAAUGUUUAAUUUUCCAUUAUCCAUUUAUGCUAAUAUCCCAGAGUCUACCCUCAACCAUUAAACAUGUUGUGUCAAGUGAGAAAACCACAGAAUAAAUAAGAAGGCAAGCCUAUUUACAUAUGAAUAUGUAUGUUUUGACAUUCCUUCAUGACAAUCUUAGUAUUCCCUCCCAGAUUUGUUUUGAGACCAAUUAAAUAUCAUCUAUUCUUGUAGAUUUUUGCCCUUUGAAUAUGCACUUUAUAUGCAAUUUCAAAACCUUUUCAGAUUGGAUUAAAUAUUUUAAUUUGAAAUAAAUACAUUUGAUUCUGAAAAACGUAUAUCUAUAACACGUGAAGAAAAGUUGUAUUUAUUUUCUAUAGCAGAAAUAUUACAACCUAAUACUGAUGAAUUCAUUGUUCUGUU